CGGCAGUCACGCGGGCGGAGGGAAGCGGGCUCGCUCGACCGCCCUUCGCUCGGCGCUGCUGUCUCCCGCUCGGGGCCCGCGCCGGGCAGAGCCCUCACGCCCGAGGGAGGUCUCCCUCCACCGGACUCCUCGUAAAUGCUUUGUCCUGCGCGCUCCGGGGUCCGCAGCCUGCAGGGGGUGGCCUGCUGGGACCCGGCCCGGCGGCUCUCUGGGUCUGAGCCCGAGUUAACAAAUAUACGUACGUCUCUCUGACAUCUGCCAGUGUUAUUGCUACGAGGGAUUGCUUUCUGAGGGAGCGGGAACUACGCAGAGGAGACAGAAGGCAGACGAACAGAAAAUAAGUCAUGCCAUUUGUCUCCUGCACCAAUAUCCCACGUCACUUCAGUGGUGACAGUUCAGUGGGCAGUGAAGAACAGAAAGAUCAGCAUAUAAAGUGUCUUUUAACAGUAAUAAUGCUUGAAGUUUACUUUACCCAAUGGCAACAGCUGUUUCAAUCUCUUUCUGCAUCACGGCUCCUAAUAUAAACCAAACAUAAUACAGAGGUGGCCUACGCUAAUUAAUGCUAAUGAUCUGAGCUGUUCACCUGACCAUACUGUGCUGGUGUCACAGUGAGAUACAGAUUCCAGUGGAUGCCCCUCUACUUGCACGUCGGUGGAAAAUUGCUUACCUUUAAUGGAUACUGCUGCUGGUGGUUGAUUUUUGGAGACUUUACAGCUCCUUACUGUUUGAGAGGAAACUGCUGCUUUUCCUCUCUCAAGUCCCUAGUGGUGGUAGCUUUUUAUCUCCAACCAUCGGUGUGGGAAAGAAGAUGCCUCUACCUUUUGGGUUAAAAUUGAAACGAACUCGACGCUAUACAGUAUCCAGCAAGAGUUGUUUGGUGGCUCGGAUCCAGCUACUCAAUAAUGAAUUUGUGGAGUUCACACUAUCUGUGGAAAGCACAGGCCAGGAAAGUCUGGAAGCAGUGGCUCAGAGGCUUGAGUUGCGGGAGAUAACGUAUUUCAGUCUGUGGUAUUACAACAAGCAGAAUCAGCGCAGAUGGGUAGAUUUGGACAAGCCUCUGAAAAAGCAGCUGGACAAAUAUGCCUUGGAACCAACAGUGUAUUUUGGAGUAGUGUUCUAUGUGCCUACUGUUUCUCAACUUCAGCAGGAGAUUACCAGGUAUCAGUAUUAUUUGCAAUUAAAGAAAGAUAUCUUGGAGGGCAACAUUCCUUGCACACUAGAACAAGCAAUACAUUUGGCUGGUUUGGCUGUUCAAGCUGAUUUUGGAGACUACGAUCAGUAUGAAUCUCAAGAGUUUCUACAAAGAUUUGCUUUGUUUCCAGUGGGUUGGCUACAAGAAGAAAAAAUAUUGGAAGAAGCAACACAGAAAGUUGCCUUACUUCAUCAGAAAUACAGAGGCCUUACUCCUCCUGAUGCAGAAAUGUUAUAUAUGCAAGAAGUGGAGAGAAUGGAGGGCUAUGGUGAGGAGACCUAUCCUGCAAAGGACAGCCAAGGAAGUGACAUAUUCAUUGGAGCAUGUCUUGAUGGUAUCUUUGUGAAACACAAAAAUAGCCGACCUCCUGUUGUAUUUAGGUGGCAUGACAUUGCCAACAUGUCCCACAACAAAUCAUUUUUUGCAUUAGAACUUGCAAACAAAGAAGAGACAAUCCAAUUCCAAACGGAAGAUAUGGAAACAGCAAAAUAUGUGUGGAGGAUGUGUGUGGCUAGACACAAAUUUUACAGACUAAAUAAAUGCAGCUUAGAUUCCCUGGACUCUCCACCUGAGGAGGGCUCUCAGAAAUCUUCACUCAUUCUUUCCCUUCCACGCUUUCCAAUCCUUUCUCGUCCUUCACUUCCCAAAGGACAAACACAGCCCAUUACAGUGAAUCCUGUUAGAAGGCGGUCUUCUUCCAGGAUGUCUAUGCCCAAGCCUCAAGCUUAUAUGAUGCCUCCACCACCUCAGCUGCAUUACAAUGGUCAUUAUACUGAACCAUACGCAUCUUCCCAAGAUAACCUCUUUGUGAGCAGUCAGAAUGGAUACUACUAUCACUCUCAGACUAGCUUGGAUAGAGCCCCUCAUGACUACAGUGGUCGAAUCCGCAAUGGUAGUGUCUAUAGUGCACAUAGCACAAACUCCUUGAACAACCCACAGCAUUACCUACAGCCAUCUCCCAUGUCCUCUAACCCAAGCAUUACUGGGAGCGAUGUCCUCAGAACUGAUUAUGUUCCAUCACAUAGACAUAGUGCCCUAAUUCCACCAUCUUAUCGGCCCACACCAGACUAUGAAACUGUGAUGAGACAACUCAAUAGAGGAAUGGUACACACAGAUAGGCAGAGUCAUUCAAUGAGAAAUCUUAACAUCAGCAAUACUUAUGCUUACAGCAGGCCUGAUGCCUUGGUUUACAGCCAACCUGAAAUACGAGAACAUGCCCACUUCACUUCCCCACAAUCUAACCAUUAUCCAUUUAACCUGAACUACAGUUUUCAUAGCCCAUCCCCCUAUCCCUAUCCUGCUGAGAAACGUCCAGUUGUUGGGGCAGUCAGUGUGCCUGAGUUGACAAAUGUGCAGCUCCAGGCUCAGGAUUAUCCAGCACCAAAUAUAAUGAAGACCCAAGUCUAUCGACCACCUCCCCCGUAUCCAUAUCCAAGACCUGCAAAUAGUACUCCAGACCUUUCUCGACAUAUCUACAUUAGCAGCAGCAACCCAGAUCUAAUCACAAGACGAGUUCAUCAUUCUGUCCAGACAUUUCAGGAAGACAGCCUGCCUGUGGCACAUUCUCUACAGGAAGUCAGUGAGCCUCUAACAUCGGCACGCCAUGCUCAGCUGCAGAAAAGGAACAGUAUUGAAAUAGCAGGCUUGACUCCCAGCUUUGAAGGAAUAAGAAUAAAAGAGAGGACCAUGUCAGCAUCUGCAGCAGAUGUGGCUCUUCCAAGAGUUAUUUCAGAAGGGUCACAGCCCAACAUUCUGAUAGAGAGAACAAAGCAAAAAGAAAAUGAGCAUGAUGAAGGUGUGAACUGUGAUCACAAGAAAACCCUUUCAGAUGCCACUAUGCUGAUUCACAGUAGUGAAGAAGAAGAAGAAUUUGAAGAAAACAAAGCUAGUACUAGCCUCUCUCCUCUUCCUGAAGAUCAAACCCAGCUUUCAUCCAUUAUGGGUGGCUAUUCUCAUGAUUCUGUACUCACCUACCCCUAUAGCUCAGUUGCUUCAUCUACUGGCCCUUUGCAUAUUCUUGAGCCUAAAUUACAUAUUUCAGAAACGGAAAAGAGAAUGAAAGAUAUAAGUCCAGUUCAUUUACUAGUAGAAAACCAAGUACAGAGAAGAGGGGAAGGACUGCUUACUCCAUCUAUGUCAGAAUCUGACCUUACCACAUCAGGGAGAUACAGAGUAAGGAAGGAUUCAGUAAAGAAGAGACCUGUGUCCGAUCUUUUGUCUGGGAAGAAGAAUAUUGUGGAAGGCCUUCCCCCACUAGGUGGCAUGAAAAAGAAUAAAACUGAUGCAAAAAAAAUAGGGCCUCUAAAGCUUGCUGCCCUAAAUGGACUAACUUUGGCUAGAAUGCCUCUGCCAGAUGAGGGGAAAGAGGAAUCAACAAGAGCAACAAAUGAUGAACGGUGUAAAGUUCUGGAACAACGGUUAGAGCAGGGGAUGGUAUUUACUGAAUAUGAGCGCAUUCAGAAGAAAAGGCUUAUGGAUGGUGAGUGCUCAAUAGCUCGGCUUCCUGAAAAUGCUGAGAGAAACCGGUUCCAGGACGUCCUCCCUUAUGAUGAUACCAGAGUAGAACUAGUCCCAACCAAAGAAAAUAACACGGGUUACAUCAAUGCGUCUCAUAUCAAGAUCUCUGUUGGUGGCAUAGAGUGGGAUUACAUUGCUACACAGGGCCCUUUGCAGAAUACCUGUCAGGAUUUUUGGCAGAUGAUCUGGGAACAAGGGAUUGCCAUCAUAGCUAUGGUGACAGCAGAGGAAGAAAGCGGGAGAGAAAAAAGCUUCAGAUACUGGCCACGUCUUGGCUCAAGGCACAACACUGUAACAUAUGGAAGAUUUAAGAUAACCACACGAUUCCGUACUGACUCGGGCUGCUAUGCAACUACAGGCCUGAAGAUUAAACAUCUUCUCACAGGACAGGAGAGAACAGUUUGGCAUUUGCAGUAUACUGACUGGCCAGAACAUGGCUGUCCAGAGGAUUUAAAGGGAUUUCUCUCAUACUUGGAAGAGAUACAGUCAGUGCGGCGCCAUACAAACAGCACUGCAGAUCCUAAAAACUGUAAUCCUCCUGUACUGGUGCAUUGCAGUGCAGGUGUGGGACGAACAGGAGUGGUCAUACUGUCAGAGAUCAUGAUUGCUUGCUUGGAACACAAUGAGAUGCUGGACAUCCCACGAGUGCUGGACAUGUUGAGGCAUCAGAGAAUGAUGAUGGUGCAGACUCUUUCUCAGUACACUUUCGUCUAUGGAGUUCUCAUUCAGUUUCUCAAAAGUUCUAGACUUAUAUAAUCCCUGCCAAUCCCUAAGGGACACUGCAAGAGUUUACAGAAAGAAAGCUACAGUUGUCCAGGCAGACCUGCUUUUACUUUUUUUUUUUUUUUCUUCGUAUGAUGAAUCACACGGUUAACUUUUAGGGCUGGUAUGUGGCUGUUAGAUACAAGUCAGUGUAGCAAAGCAGGAUCUUCACUGGACUAAAUUCUUCCCAUGUUCAGCUGCAGCCGUAUUAGGGAAUGAUUUUACUUGUACUGGUCUUUAGUACUUGUACAUGUUUUUUUAGAGUGGUGGGGAAAAUAAAUUUCUAACAGAAUGGAAAUACAUGGCACAAUUUACUAACUUUUUUUUUAACAUUAUAAUGAACUGUGCAAAAGCUAAAAGUUGUGAAUGCACAUGGGGAGAGAAAACUGCUUCUUGGGGAUGUCAAGGUCUUACACACAGUUUCUGCUUUCAAUUUUAUAUUUAGAACAAUACAUCUAUAUUUUUUAAAAUGAAGUUUUGGUUUCCUCUGGCUUACUUAGCAGAACUAGCAGCUCUCAGAUACUCUAAGUUGUUGCUUUAAGGGCAGUUAUUUUUCUAUUCAGCUUUUUUUUUUU